GUAUCGUUCUUUUACAAUUUACGGCGUUUGUGGCCUUUCGCAUGAAAACAAAAAAGUGUAAACAAAUAAAUGGAAAUUGAAUUAAACAUUCGAAAUCUACGUAAUUUGUGUCGUAUAUGUUUGGGUGUACCUGAUUACAACUUGUGGGAGCAGAAAGUUUGUUGGGCCAAUGAGGCUACAACAAAUGAUGGAGAUACGAGCGACCAAAAUGCCGAGGAUAUAACCGUACGUGAGGUGCUGCAAAUGUACAAUGAUUGGCAGCAUUCAAUAUUGGAAAUGGAUGACGAACUGCAACUGAUAUGUAAACAAUGUCUGAAUGAGCUACAACCUCAUUAUCGCUACUAUAGGCGCUUGCUUGCCGCAAAUAGGCAAAUGAAGCAACUGUAUGAGGAAGCACUGGAGAAGGAAGUUGUAACAAACCAAGUGAUUAUUGAAAAUAUAGCGCUUGAAGACAAUUUACCAGAGUUUAUGGAUGUUGCAACAGAGUAUCCCACACAACAAGACUCCAGUACACAGCAUGAAAUGUAUACAAUCUCCUCAUUACCACUAAAACAAGCACAAAAGCGUAAAUUCGUAAAAAAUCCCAAAUUUAUACUCACGGGUGGAGUAACACAGCUACUUGCGCAUGCUACGGGCGCGACCAGCUUUGCGUCAUCAGUGGCAUCAAAUGAUCCGCCACGACAAGCAAAUCCCUUUUGUAGUCCACAAAAGCGAAAACGUUUAGAUUUGGAUGUAGUAUUACCAGCGCCAGAUAAGAAAGUAAACAGUGAUUCACUCAGCGAGCGUCAGCCCUACCCGAAAAAUCAGGUAAUGGUUGCAAACCAUGAAAUCAGCGAAAAUCAUGAAAAUCGUGCCAUAGUGACGUCGGUAGAAGUUGUCCAAGAAUCACCCAAAACUGAAAUAUCAACAUACGAGUAUUCGCCCAACGAGCAAGUCCAAGAAUUUGUUACGAGCCACAAUGAUGAUAAUCCACUUAAAAUUGAGAAUGAUGAGCAGGCUGUGCUUCCUUUUUCAACUGUAAGCGCUGAUCACGCAGGUCGCUCCAUAUAUGUAUGCAAAUACUGCCCUCAAGCGUUUACAGCACCUUGCUUUCUGCUUACUCAUGCGCGCAAGUCGCAUGUCUGUAAAUACUGCAGCAAAGGGUUUAUAAAAACACCUGAUCUAUUUGCACAUGUCAAACAAGCGCAUCAGGAACACAAGUGUGGUAUAUGCGAUAAGGAGUUUAGUACCAAUGGUAAUUUGCGUGCACACAUAAGGCGUGUACAUCGAUCGAAAACACCUGAAUCAACACCCCGACUAAUUUCGAAGUACGCUGCAAGUGAAUGCGUAGGUAUCAUGAAAGAAGAUUUUGUAGAUGGUGCAGCGGAAACCAUUUACAUUGAAGAAACUUCACAACCGAUGAAGGCAGAAUAUCUGGACUAAGAAAAUUUUUAGUGUGAUGUACAAAAAUGUAUACGUGACCUGUAUUUUACACACUUCUCCAAAUUGAUUCGUGAAAUAAUAUUAAAAAAAAAAAUUAAAAUUUUGGCUGCUAA